CAACGGACGUGUUUCGCGCGUGAAUUGUGCAACUGCGACUGGGCCAGAGCUGCCUUAUUCCGUGCUUGUCUUCAGCUACGUCUCGUCGUUACGUCGCCCGCAGUAAUAGGGGCAGGCGGUUGACGGUAGGCGGUGGGCGUGGCGUGCGCAUCCUCGUGGCAAAAGCCAAAAUUUGCACGUGCUUUUAACGUGGCCAAAUCAGCAGCAGCAGCAGCAGCAGCAGUAGCUGAAAAAUUGUGAAAUUCGCGCACUUCCUGCAACGCAAGCAACAAAUGUGAAAACAAAGUGCCAACAAAUCAGACCAAAGGACGCAUCCAAACGAAAACCCUCAGCAGUGAAGAAGAAGCAGAGCAGCAAACAGGAUAAAGCCGACGGCAAGGCAAAUCGAAUUCAAAUGUCCCCCAGUGCAAAACGGUGAAAGAAAUAAAAAAAAAAAAAAAACAAAGAAACGAGAGAAAAACGAUGGAAAUGAAAAACAACUAACAGAAAAUCAAUAAAACAAAUUUGGUGCAACUGCCGAUUGGCCCAAACGCUGGGAAAAGUCCAUGCAGAGUUCGAUACGUGCAGCGCUCCACUAGCAGCAGUGCGACAGUUCGUGUGUGUGUGCAGCCUGGCCAAGGGGAAGGGGCGUGUGUAAUGCCGGAAGUGGAUGCCGGUUAACGCAUCCAGUCGCAUAGCAGCCAAAGCCAAGCGAAGCCCAGUCAAGCCCAGCCAGCCGGCGGCACCUGGAGCCGAGGCUCAGCUCGCAGGAUAAUGGAUUAUACGCAGGCCAAGUGUUUAAUGCUAUCCUUUCUGUGCGCCCUGAGUGCUGCCAGCGCCGAAGGCGAAAUCAUAUUCCGCAUCGAUCCCCUGGCUCUUUUAUCGGCCACACUGCGCACAUAUCAGAAGGCGGCCUGUGAUACGGAUCAGGUGGUAAUUGCGUGCCCGCGCGGCACCAGCAUUUCAAUUGAAUUUGCCCAGUACAACAAGUUCGUGGCGAAAGAUGGCUACAGCAUUGAGGAGCUGUGCCCCGUCACCGGCACCGUGAAGCCCGAAAUACGUGGCAAGGCCAAGCACUUGCUGCGUGGCUCCAUCUUCGGAUCCACCACACAAAAGGUGCCCGCGAAUCGCUACGUAAACAACGGCUACGCCAUUGCCAUGGAAGCUCCGAGCAGCACUAACGGACCGAACGGACCGAUUACCGAGUCUACGGCGGACGAUGCUCAAAAGAGCGAGAGCUCUUCUGAGAACUGCAUGUGGCCAAAUGCUCUUCAGUAUUCGCUGCUGCAGACGGUUGUGGAGGCCUGCCAGAAGAAGAAGCACUGCAAGUUCCACGGCUCCCCGCAGUUCUACGGACUGGGCGCCAGCGGAGUGGGCGACUCGUCCGGCACCAGCAGCUAUCACAGCAGCACGGCCAGCUCCAAUGCAAUCAGCAGCGACCCCUGCCCCAAGCGCCGGAAAAUCGUCGAGAUCGCCUACAAAUGUCGCCCAUAUGAGUUCCGCAGCAAGGUUGCCUGCCACAACGAUGUCGCUCAAUUGGAAUGCAACCCGUACUCGCGCAUCGCCGUCUACAGCGCCAGCUUCGGACGCACUGAGUAUGAGAGCAUUCAGUGUCCGCAGCCGCAAGGGGUCCGUGAGGAGACAUGCCUCGCCUCAUUCGCCACGGAGACCGUGAUGCAAAUUUGCCAUGGCCGAAGGCGUUGCAAUCUCGCCGCGGAUGCGAAUACCUUUGGGACCCCGUGCCAGCCAAACUCGCGAAUGUAUCUGAAGGUUGUUUACACAUGCGUGCCGAAGCAAGUGUUAAAGGAGAGCAACGAGUCUGAGGUGGAGGCGGACGAAACGGAGGACUUCGAGGGCGACAUCAACGACCUGUACGACGAUGAGCUCAUCUACAAGGAGUCGGAGGCCAUACCCAAACUAUACAGCAAUACCACCAAAAACUCACGAGGCAACGCAACUGGCGGCGCCGGACGCGCGGCCAACUCCAAUCCAGAGGGCAUUCACACCGCAACCAACGGCUCGCUGGACACUGAUGCGGAUGGCAGUGGCGUCAAUCCGGUGAUGACACACAGCGCCGACUUAAGUCUAGAGGAUGACCAGCAGCGACUCUAUUUGUAUCUGUUAAUUGUCGGGCUGGUCGGUGUGCUCUGCUCCAUUGUCGUUGUGGUAGCGCGCCUGUUGCUGCAAAAGCGACGCAUGGCCAGCGACACCCACUCCAACUCCUCCACCAAGGGGGGCACGAGCGGCGGGCUGGGCGAUGAGACGACUAUUCCAAGCGGCUUUAACGACACCAUUUCCGAGAUAGACGCCGACAUUGACCUUACCACUUCGAUACCAUUGCCCAGCGUGUCCAAGAACGAGAACUACAUCACUUACGCGCCUGCCAGCAGCUUGUACGCCAGUCUAGCGCCCAGCCAGCUGUCAUCCGUUGGCGGUCCCUGCGCGGCCCCCGCUUUGAUACCCAAUCCCCUGCUAAUGGGCGCGCGCCAGUCACCCGACCUCAUAGGCAUUGCGCCCAGCACAUAUGUGGCUACGAGUAGUGCGGGCAGCGCACCUUCAGCCCAGGCCCCCAUGACAGGCAUCCUGGCACCGGCCAUUGUGAUUGGCGCGAAUGGCCCUGGCGGCGCUCUGCCCGGCAGCAGUGGCAUUAACACCAUGGUGCCCCUUACGUCCCUGGCCCAGUAUACAACGGCGCCCACCAUUCGCGGCGGGUACAUCAUAAAUACCGAGGGCAUGGGCGUUGUUCAGCGGCCGGCGAACACGCCGACGCCGCCCGCCUCUUUGGCCAGCGGCUCCCCGGCUCAUCCACAGACACAACAGACGCCGACCACAUCGCCUCUGGCGAUGGCUACAUUAAGUCAUCUGCCAGCCGCUGGCACGUCAACGUUGCGUCGCACAAAGCCCGCCGCAGCGGCUAUGCUACAUCCGCAGCUAUCAUAUGACGGCACAGCUCCACGUACACUUUCCACUGGCUUACCGGUGAGCUCACAAUUCUAUUACGGAUGACCAACCACGGCGGACUGCGAGCCUCACGUAUAUACCACGGCCAUCAACGUGACCUCCCCGAACGUCCAGAGCUCCGCCAGGCAGAGUGGGCCAGGCGCUCAGGCAGAGUCCCUGGCGGCCUCCGAUUCAGACGCAGCUCAUGUGCCGGCAUCCGGACCCUAGCCACAAGCCGACAAUGGGGCAACAGUACCCUUGGCCGCUGCUAGCAUAAACGACAAUACAAAUCUACAGGGGAACGACCUAAGCCCAGAGCCCUCCUCCCAGAGUCGGAAACAACAACAACAACAACAGGUGUGUACGGAGUAGAUGGCUCUUGGAGUCGCCACAACAGGAGUUGGCAUCUGUUUUUAAAAUAUAUAUGUAUACAUAAAUGUACUUAAGUGGACGAGCUUCCUGUAACUGUAACUGUAAAUUACUAAUGAGUGGAGCGGACGAUUACGCAUACCUGCACAGUCCUAGGUCAGUACACAGUAGGCGCCAUCAAAUAGAUAAUUUAGGCUACCGCAAUUCGUAGGUUAAGCAUUUGUCUGCACAGAGCUCUCCAGUGGGUGAGCGGGUGAGUGGAUGAGUGGGUGAGUGGGUGAG